UGUAUUUUAAUACUUACAGCAGUAAACCACCAUCACUCAGGAUGGACUCCAGACCCCCCUACCUGCUGUUGCUGCUGCUUCUCACCAGCCUCCUUUUCUCACAGUGUGCCAGGGGACAGUCAUCAUACAUUAUAGAUACUGUUGGCCUUACAAUCCUACCCGGCAGCACAGUUCAGAGUGGGACACCGGUGAGCAUACACUGCCAGGUCAGCGUCAGUCAUGACAACAUCCCAAACCUGACACAUACUUUCCAGCUUAGACGGGACGACAGUCUCAUCCACUCCUCUACCACCACCGAAGACUCAGUCAUAUAUGAACUCAACCCAGCCAGGGCAGCCGACUCUGGGAGUUAUGAAUGUCAGGUCACUGUCAAAGACAAGAGCAAAACCAGCUUCAGCCAAAGACUUGAAGUCACAGGCCUGCAGAUCCCCAUUCUGUACCUGAAUAAGACGACACUCUAUGAGGGUGACAGCUUCACAGCCACCUGCAGUGCUCCGGAGGAGAAAGGAUCCCUCAUAUUCAGAUUUUUCCAGCAAUUUAGAUACGAAGAGCCUCAGAAAAUGAAGCAGAUAGCACCCACUGGAAACUCAUCAGAGACCACCCUGGUCUUGAGACAGGCUGGAGAAUAUUUUCUGUACUGCGACUAUGAGAUCAACUUGGUUUCUGGGGCAAGAAGCUCCAACCACAGCAACAAGAUUCAAGUGAUAGUCAGAGAACUCCACAUUGUCCCAGUCAUGAAUGUGCUGCCUUCUUCUGAGGUCUUUGAGGGCGACCUAUUGGAUGUAGUCUGUAAAGUGAUGAGUCCAGUGCGGAACGUGGAAGUAUUCCUGACGAAGGACAAGAGGAUCCUCACGAAAGCCCCAAUCAGCCUCUUCUAUCAAUUCAGGACUAAAGAUGGCGACUCUGGGGAGCUGGUGUGCAAGGCAGAGUGGAGAAAUGUGCAGAAAGAAUCCUAUCAAAAAAUAACAGUCAAAGCGCUGUUUUCAAAGCCAUACCUGACUGUGGAGCCUUUAGACAUAUUUGAGGGAGACCGUUUCAAACUGACCUGCUCAGUCUCCAUUUACAUUCCUGAGAGGGUCAGCGAGCAAAACAUUCAGUUCUCCAUCUACAAAGAUAACGUCAAGCUCAGCCAUUCAGAGACGUACACUGAUGUGGCACGACCUGACAGAAAUGGCAACUACACCUGUAAAGCCAAGUUUGCCUCUCUUGCGGUCCGUCUUGAAAAAGAAAGCCAAACACUUGUUGUUAAAGCCAAAGUUCUUGUUUCAGAACCUGUGCUGAGUGUUGUUGGGGGUACGCUGGUGUUGGGAAAGCCGUUUCAGCUGCUCUGUCACAGUGACUCUGGCACUCUGCCUAUCACGUACAGCCUGCACGGCCCUGAACUGAAUGUCCAAAGGGUGGUGAGCAAGCCGGGAGGACAAGCCAUCUUUAAUUCCUCAGCCAUCUUUAAGAGCUCAGACUUAAACAAAUUUCUUUGCCACGCAAAAAACAGUCAACACAAGCCUCCCAUGAUAGGACCAGGGCAGCAGCUGCUCCAUUCAACCAACAUCAUAGAGCCAGUGUCAAAACCAGUGCUUACUGUAGCCCCCGGCAUGGGGAAUGUCCCUGAGGGGCAGGACGUGAAUCUCACCUGCUCUGUUCAGAGAGGCACUCUUCCCAUCAUCUUCACCUGGUACCGCACUGACACACAAGAUGCUCUGGCUUCGCUUACCUCCAAGAAACUGGAGGAAUCCUACUUCAUACAUAACGUCAGGGAAGAGCACAAAGGGGAAUAUUACUGUGUGAGCACCAACCCAGCCAACGAAACCAAGCAGAGUCGCACUGUCUCGAUUAGAGUGAAGUUGGCUGCCUGGAAGAAAGGUCUUAUUGCAGCCUCCUGCAUCCUGCUUAUUCUGGCCUUGAUCCUUUUUAUCGCCUUUAAAAAACAUCUCCUUCAAUUCAAAAGGAAAAGAAUAGGCGAGCUGUCGGUGAAGUCAGCAAGGCACCAAAGCACCAAAGUAGAGCGACUGAGCCUCACCCUGGCAGAGGUCAAUGAGACUGCAAAUGCCACACCAGGCAUGAUAGGAAAGAGUGUUUGGAGUGAUCCUGCAUCAGGCUCUGACACCGAUGACCAGAGCAGUGUGACUGCUGCAGAACCUCAGUACACAGAGGUGAAGACCAAACAGGCAGAUCCCAACAGAGCUUCAGUGAGCAAGGGCACAGACACCGUGUACAGCGAAGUGAGGAACUCCAAGCAAGGUGUUCCAGAGCAGGCUGAGGGUCAGGGGUCUGUGGAAUAUGCUCAGCUGAAUCAUGAUACGGCUCACCACGGUGACCAUGGCGACCACGGCGACCACCCUGUCCAGGAUGACCACAUGAGCGAGGUUGAUAACAGUGUUGAUAUCAACACUGCUGAACACUGAGAAUGAAACCAUGACCCAAAGCCAGACUGAUAAGUGACAAAACAAGAAAAUUUAUUCCCUUAUUUAUCUGGGUCCCUAAUGCAGCUGGAGUCUUUUUUUUCCUGAAAGACCUUAAACAGCCGUAAGCAAUCACAGUCUGUACUCUGGGAUUUUUGUUACACGAAUGUUCCACCCUGUAAAUGUUUUUGUUAAGUGUUGUUAAGUGUUUCUCUUUCCUUCACUGGUAGUUUUCUUGCCAAGACACAGAGAAAGGAUGUCUGCUGUGACCCUAAAGAAAAAAAAAACUCAAAUCUGUAUCCUUCCACUCGAUAUCUAGCCUUUGAAAUCAGCAUAGUAGUGAUAUUUCCUCUUUUGUAAUGAGGUUGGGAGUACAUCCAUCAGAGCCCUCUGAUGUGUGAGAACCAGUUCGGUUUAAACCACUAGAGGACAGACUUCAGGCGGCACUGCAUGGAAACUUAGUGCCAUCUGGCUGUGAUCUCCUUUAAUGUGAGAAGGGCUUUCACUGCGUUGUCACCGCAUUAGGAGAUAUCAGUUUCAUUUUCCAUUAACUAAGGUUUAAUUGAAUGAUAUAACAUGAACUUAUUCAAGGUCUCCAUUUACAUAGGACUGAUAUGUUGAGCAGAUGCAUCUCUUAAGGCUGUGUGCUUACACAGAUACACAUAACUGAACCCAUGACAACAGAGCAGGACAAUUGAUUUAUUAAUUGAUUUAUUGGUUUGAACCAAGAAAUAAAAUGUCUUAUUUGAGAAUUAUUUACAAUAAUUGAGCGAUAAAAUGUGGUGUCAUUACCACAAAAAAUAUACUCAGUAUAUGAUCAGACUCUACCAAAGGGUUGAUUACCGCCCCCAUUAGACCGCAGAUAGCAGAUACUAUUUAUCUAACAAUAUCCCCAGUUUGAAUCUUGGGACUUUUGUUGUGCAUCAUUCCUCUUUUAUGUCACCUCUGCACUGUCUGAUAUCAAAAUAUUAGACAGUGCACCAAGAAAUUGAAGAUAAAGAGAAGAAAACCAUUCAAACAUCCCCAUAAGUCGUGACAGUGAGGCAACAUGUAUAAUAGCAUAAUCUAAAUGGAAUUCACUUAUCAUUAGUUUUAUUAUGUUAGCUUUUUCUACCGCAAUGUAAAAAAUGUCUUCUUUGAAAUCGGCCUACAUGCCAUGCACGACGUGCCAGAAUAAUAAAGUUAUCUAUAUUUCUACUGUCA